AUGGAUGUGAACGUCUAUUACACCUCAGCGACGACAGACAACCUGAGUCGGCAUGACAUUCUUGCAUGGCUAAACGAAACUUUACAAACGAACCAAACGAAGAUCGAGUCAUUGUGUUCAGGUGUUGCCUACUGCCAGCUCAUGGACAUGCUGUUUGACAACUGUGUGCCCCUGAAGAAGGUCAAAUUCCAGGCCAAACUGGAGCAUGAAUUCAUUUACAACUUCAAGAUACUGCAAGCCUGCUUUGAGAAAAUGGCCAUAGACAAAGUCAUUCCUGUGGAUAGACUGGUGAAAGGCAAGUUCCAGGACAACUUUGAGUUUGUGCAGUGGUUUAGGAAGUUCUUUGAUGCCAACUUCCACAGACAGGAGAAUGACACUCUUGAAGCCCCAGUGGAUCAGAAGGCCAUCCCUCCCCUUAAUCCAUCUGGCUCUGCCCCCAGCAGGUCUAAGACAACACCCAGCACCAGGAACACUGCCUCCGCACCACAAGCUCAGCGGUCAGGGACAGUGGCGAGGGUGCCCGCAAAGAUGACAGCCAGUUGGGCACGGAGGCCUGGGAUGAGUGGUGGUACUUUGGAUAUGGCCAAACUCUUCCAAGAGAUCUCUGUGCUGCAGUCCACACUGCAGGACAUAGAGAAGGAAAGAGAUUUUUACUAUGGCAAACUGAGAAGCAUUGAGCUGGUGUGUCAGGAGAAAGAGGGCCAGGGUGACUCCACACUGCAGCGGAUUGUGGAUGUUCUUUACGCGGUGGAUGACGGUUUUAUAAUUCCAGACACAUAG